AUGACUCCACGAGAGCCUUCCGAGCCUAACAGCUCCCCCGCCAAGCGCCGACGAACUACGUCUCGCUUCGACCGGAAUCACGAAUUCCUAAUGCGAUGUCUCCUUGAAUCAAGCGGUCGAGUCGACUUUGCCGCCGUUGGGAAGUCCCAGGGCAUCACUAGAAACUCAGCCAAAUACCGCUUUUAUCGGCUGAAGGGACAGCUUGCAAGUCAGGAUGAUACUUCCCACACCGUGGCUACAAAGACUCGCGGGAAGCAACAAACCAAACAAGUUGAUCAAGAUACCCAAAAUCACGGCGUUGAUGCUACAUCUACUGAAACCGCUGGCAAUCACAAUACACGGCCUACCAACGACGAAGAGGAUAUCGCUCCUGUCAAGAUUAAGACCAUCGAUGAUCACAAAAAAAUACGAAUCAAGAAAGAAGAGGAUGUUGAUUCUGUUAACAUGAAGACUAUUGAUUGCCACAAGGAUAUGCAAAUCAAGAAAGAGGAGGAAGACGACGAUGAUAGCUCCAUUUACGAGUACAAGUAG